GACCCGUUGACAGUCAGCUGGCCUCUUUCCAAAAGUCGCGACGCGAUGCCGCUUAACGUGGUUAAAUUACUGGGUUUUUCAGUCGUUUUUCUUGUGAUUUUCGGUGAGAUCGAGAAUCAUGUGUCGUCCCCGAAUCGCUGGGACAGGCAAACUUCGCCGCGUUCCCCUUUUUCGGGGCGGAAUCCCUCUUUUUCCGGUCGCCCGGGCCGGUCUCCGAGCCCUUCAAGAGGGGAUCCCUCUGCGAGCCCAAGGCGGAAACAUGGGGGUGAUAGUCCCCUGCGGAUCGGGGUGACUCUCAACCAAGGCAUAUUCAAGUGCAGGUGGACGUGGGGGAAAAUGACAUCCGACGCGAUGGCCGAGGAAAAAUUCAAAAAAUUCAUGGUUGAUUUCAAUAAGAAUUAUGGGAGUACAGACGAAAAAUUGAAGAGGCUUAAAAUUUUCCAGACAAAUUUAGAAAUAAUUGACCAAUGGAACCGUGAACAAGGAACUAAAAGAGAUGGCUCCCCGAAUAAAGCAUUUGGAAUUACCGAAUUUGCCGAUUUGACACAAGAAGAGUUUGCCGAGAAAUACUUGAUGAAACCCGGGAGAAUCAAUGAAGGUUUCAAUAUCGAAAAACUCAAGGAUCUCGUAAAGAAAAGAAAAGAGGAAAGCGAAACUGAUGAAAGCGAAACUGAUGAAAGCGAGGCUGAUAAAAGCAAGUCGAAAGGAAGAAACUCCCCAAGAAAAGCUCGGAGCAGAGAAAAUACCAAAGCCAAACGGUCGUCUAAAAAACCUGAAUCCGACGAUCAAGGACUAGCUCCUCGAAUGGUUGGCAGCAGUUCUGGUUCAAGCUCUGGGCCUCCUCCUUCUUACUUCAGCUGGAGCGAUGAAAGUUAUUACCCUCCUGUCCAACACCAGGGAAAUUGUGGCGCAUGCUCUGAGAUGUCUUUACAAUCAGUUUUGGCAAUUUUGUACUCCAAAAGGAAGGGAGCAUCAAAGCCUCUCUCGACGCAACAACUUCUGGACUGUGUCGAAAAUAAUUCUUGCGAAGUUGGCGCUACAUACCAAAUGCUGUUGGAGACCUACAUGUUGAAAGAUGACGUUUUUUUGGCUCAAGAGGGGGAUUACCCUUACAGAGCAGUAACUCAGGAAUGUCGACAUCGUAAUGUUCGGCUACGCGGAAUCGUGAAAGUCGUACAAAUGGUACACUCCAGAAGCGAGAACGAAAUAAUCAAUAAUGUGCGAAGAACCCCAUUCGUUGUGUCAUUAGUGGGUCAAUAUCUACAGCAUUAUACAGGCCCGGAUGUCAUCGUAAACUGUCCCAAUAAUGAAACGCCAACCCAUGGUGGAGCUCUCGUCGGCUAUGGAAUACACGAUGAUGUCCCAUACUACCUUAUACGGAAUAGCUGGGGUAGUAAUUAUGGCAUUAAAAACGGUCACGUCAUGAUCAAGAGGGGUACGUGUUGCACUCACUUGUGCACACUCGGAUUCCAAAUACGCACAAAAACCGCUGCAGAUGUUGCAUGAUACAUUCAAUUUGCUAUUCUUUUUAGAACUUAGUUUAGAAUUAAUGUUAAACAUACGUUCGAUUGGUUGUACUUUUAUUGUCCUAAUUAUAUUUUAUUCUCUUUUGGCCAUUGUACAA